AUGAAAAUCACAUCCCGCAACGUGAGUUCGUAUCACGACGAGUUCACGAAGUGGUUGGAGCAAUCGGAGUUCAAGGAAAAGUACACCUCGAAUUCCUUCAAAGCGGCGCGUGCCCUGCGCAAAAAACUGGUCAACUGGGGGAUGCUGAAGUUUUUCGAGGAUUUCUUCUCGGCUUCGACAGACUUCCUCCACUCGGACCUGCAGUCAGGUCACGAACGCACGCUGCUAAACCUCAACCAGCUGACAACCUUCCUAGAGGGCAGCUUCAAAGGUCAGCAUGAGUCACUGCUUGCGAUAUCCUUGAUGGAGCUUUUCAAGAUGUGCGUUCCUUUGCUGCCUUCUUCGGUGACGGAUAGCAAGAGUCGCUUGUUGCCUUUCGUGUUCAAGGGCGGGACAAAUUCGCAAGCUUUGAUUCAGGCGAUGGAGCGUCUGGCAUGUCCAGUGGAGGGAGCUGUCUUCAUCGAGAAGCUUGUGAAGGCGAGUUGCAAAGCCGCAGCUGUUGCAGCAAGUGCCUCUGGCAAAAAACGCCCCAGAGCUCCAGAGCUGGAGGACAGUGCAACGGCACCCAAGAGAGCGCCCAAGGCUAAAGCAAAAGCCAAGGGCAAAGCAAAGGCUGCUGGCAAAGCCAAAGCUGCGAAGCAGGGUGUGUUGCAGGACGGUGAAACCUUGGAGACGUUGCAAGGUGACGUGCUGAUGGAAAUGCACGAGGGCUUCAGACCUCGUUUGUGGUUUGAUGACCUGUUGUCAGCCGUAAGUGCUUGCAAGGUUCCAGUUCCCAAGCAGGGUGAUUUCGAGUCGACGGAAGCCAGAUUGUUCAGCACCAUGCUGGGUUAUGGGUUGGAGCUCGCUUGCACCGGAAGCAUUUCCUUGAACAAGAAGACGCUCAACUGCUGGAGCAAGGCUCGGCCGGCACUGCAAGCGCUGAUGACAAAGUGCAGGAAGACAUCCAGCGGAUCGUUGUCAGCACCGGCGGCAGCGUCUUCGGCGACAACAUCAGUCGAGGACAUUGUUGACAGGCUCGCGCAGGAAGUGGAGAUGGCCGAGGAGGCAGCUACCCAACGAUUUCUCAGUGCCCUAGACACAGGCUCGACUCCACUUGCAGUUGCCAAGACGGUUCUGGCCGACAAAGACACGAUGUACACGGCUGAGAAGUUCUUCAACGAGAACAUUGCCAGGAAUCCGAACAAGCAUCCUGUGUACGGACAGCUAUGCUCGUCUUUUCGAAACACGCUGUGCACAUGCCGAUCGCCGACGGAUGGGUGGGAUGUCCAAGACAACGACUGCGACUUCCACGAUUCCACGUUCACCAUCCCGGACAUCGUUGCUGGACUCGCAAUGAUGAUCGAACAGGUUGAUUUGAUCCCCUGGGUUCUACCACUCUUGGGGAGCAGCUGCCUGUUGUCAGCGGCAACUCCAGAUGGGCAGCAGGAUCGUGAGAUGUGUUUACCUGAGGUUUACCUGCCUACUGACUGCGUUGCCGGCCGCAUGGUCAGCUAG